CAUCAGUGUGUUCAGGCGAAUGUAGGCUCCACAGGCCAGUGAUUUCUCUCUGUUGCUACAUUUAAAUGGGGUCGUGUUCACCGUGUUUGCUACAUUAAUCCAUAUGAAGGGUCCACUCCGCUGACACUCGCUCCCUCGGAAGUCGAAACACUUUAAUGAGUUCACGAGUCGUGACGCAACGAGUCGUGACGUAACGCGACGUUUUUGAAUAUGGCGGAAGCCUUUGAGGUUUGAAGUUUGGUCAGCAGUAAAUGCUAAGUUUCUUGCAGAUGCAAAUUUUCCUGUCUCCUCUGUUUGUAAAUGUGGUCCCAUGGAGAUACGAGCUGACGGUUUGCGUAUUCCUGAGCUAUUGGAAGCAAUAUUAAAGCUCUUUCCUCUUGAUUCCUAUGUUGAAUGUCCGGCAGCUGUAAUGGAUCUAGUGGAAAGUGACAGGCAGCGGGGUCUUGUAGUGCCAGUGUGGCCCUGCUACUCUGAACUUCUGAAACAAGCGGGAUCAGAUGGGAAUUUUGAUGCAGUUGAAAGGUUUGCUUUCUACGAGCGUGCUAAGAAAGCGUUUGCUGUUGUAGCAACAGGGGAGACUGCUCUGUAUGGAAACAUCAUUAUCAAGAAAGGAGUCAUUCGUCCUGAAGAGCAAUGCUGAAGAAUGCUGAAAUGGUCUUGUGAUUGCACAAGUUACCUACUGACCUUUUUUUUUUUUUUAAAAAAACAUUUCAACAAGUUGGAAUUGGAGAACAGCCUAGGUGUAGGUAAUUUACUUCUUUUUGUAUAUUCAUUACACUGCAGGAAAUCUGCAGACUUAGAGCUUAUAAGUUGGAAUAAAUGUUUUGACUUAGGCUUUGCUUUUGAGACAUUGACUUGUUAGAAACCACUGGCACGGUUCUACAGGUAUCAGCUGGAUUAACAAAGACAUGAAGACCUAGUUUCCCAGAUUUUUUGUUGCUACUACUGAAGUGAAUAAAGUGUUGGUUUGGCAGAAUUUCAAACCAUCAGCAAAAAAAAAAAAAAAAAACCUACAAUGAAUGUUCCUUUUCUAUAUUUUAUAAAUUAAUUUUAAAUAAACCAGAACAUUAGUGUGCUUAUUAUAAGUUUACAUUUAUUAAUUAGGCUGGCACUUCUAUCCAGAGCAAUGCAGAAUUGAGACAGCAUACAAUCUAAGCCUACAGCUGAGCAGUUGAGGUUUAGGGGCCUUACUCAAGGUGGAUGGAUCUGGCAGUCCUGAGAAUGAAACUCGCAAUCUUCUGAUCAAUAUCAGAGCUUUAUUUGCUAUUUGCAGAUGGUUAGAAUGAUACUUACAUGGCUUUUUAUUUUCAUCAUGCUAUUAUGAAUUUAAUAAAUUCAUGCAAUUUAA